CCUCCACUUUUGGCCUGAUCUUAAUCCAUUUAGCAACAGCAGCUACAGAGAAUAAUUCAAGAACGGGUGAGAGCUUGGAAGGAAGAAUAUAUUGAUCCUAUUUUUCUAAAAGAUGAGUUCCAAGGAAAUUCUAAACUUCAAAACUUGUAUUAUAAGGAAAGAAUUCAAUUUAUUAGAAGAAACAUCAGGCCCUUGCUAAGAGUCAUGAUGUUUUGAACAUUUAUGGUGUCUUAUUUAGCAGUUAUGAGCGAUAAUAUAUCUGAUAAUGAUUAUAAGCUAAGUACUCUAAGAAUUCUUUUGAGCCUAUUUUUCAUCAUUGCACAAGUAUUAUUCAGACAAUGCAUCGAAAGGUAUGACAGGUUUGCAAGUUAUUCUGGAUGCUUAAUGGCAAUACUAACCACAGCAUAUGUUACUGAGGUUACUUGAGCACUUUCAGAGUAUAGGCUAUAUGAAGGAUUCAUUCCUCAGAUAUCCAUAUCAUUUUUCUACGGGAGCUUCUCUACAGCAAAUUGGAGAGCUCCUUGCAUUACACAAGGGAUAAUGUACUUUUAUGCGUACAUUAGGAUUACAGCAUCUCACACUGAAGCCCCUCCUGAAUUGAGAAUCUCUUUGAUCAACACAAUGAUUUUCUAUUGAAUUGGAGCUUAUUUAAGUUCCCAGCAUUUGAAGAGGGAAUUCCUCUCCAAAUGAAAGCAAGAGAAAUUAACGAAAUUAUUUCAGAGCACAUGCUCAACUAUGCCUGAAGGAGUGUCUAUUAUUGACGAAGCAGAGCCAAGACUCUGCUUCACUAAUCCUAAAUUUAAGGAGGUGUUCACUCUGAGAUUCUGCUCUGACAGUAAAGAUUAUAACAAGACUAUUUACAGCAUUCAGAAUAAGAUUGAUCGAGAAUAUGAACAGAUUAAGCAAGAUUUCAUAAUUUCUAAGGAACUGGACAAAGAGAAAAUGAAUUUUGAAAAAUUCUUAGAUAAAUGGAAUGUAUCCAUUUCUCCUUUAAAUGCAGAGCAAGGUGGAGACGAAGAAGAGAAAGAUUAUGAUAUUUUCAAACCCCCUCACUCAUUAGCAAGUAGUAAGAGUUUGGUGAAGGAGAGAAUCUCCCUCUCUGAUUUCUUAUUUCAUGAGAGAAGAAAUGCCCUUGAGUCACCUAUGAAGAUAUGAGAAACCAAGAUUUCUCUAGAAUUCUCCGAGAUGCAUAGGGUUAGUAAGAUCCAGCUAUUGAAUAAGGAGUUUAUUGUCAAAACUUGUCAGCUAAAUCUUGAAGAGAAUAGUAGGAGAACUAGUACUAAAUUUAUGCAUAUCUUCAUUGAUACAACCCAGAUUGCUCUUCUUGAACAGGCUAAAGCACAGAAUAAAUAUCAGAAGAUUGUUAUUGCUAAUGUGAGCCAUGAAUUUAGAACCCCACUGAAUGCUAUCAAUAUGUCUGUAGAAUUGUUGAAAUAGCAAGAUUAGUCCUGAAGAUCAACGUCUUGCUAAGAUUGCAUCCUCAUCUUGCUCUAUCCUAACCAGUUUGGUUGGAGAUCUUCUUGAUAGUGCUAAAAUAGAAGCAGGAGUCUUUGAGAUUCAGGAAGAUCUAUUUUAUCCCUCUGAACUUUGUAAAUCAGUAAAGGAAAUCUUUGAGCUUCAGACUCAGAGAAGAGGUGUCGAAUUGAUCUUUGAAAUAGAUGAUUUCUUGCAAGAUAUCCAGAUUCAGACUGAUAUGCAGAGAAUAAAACAAGUCCUACUAAACCUGCUAUCAAACGCUUUCAAGUUCACUGAUAGAGGGUUUAUAAAAGUAAAAUGGGGAGUUUACAAGCCACUUCAAGAUGAAGAUUUCGGUAAUGAAGAUGAUCUGAACCCUCUAUCUCGUUCAACUUCACUCAACAGGAAAGAGGAAUGCAAAUUCCCUGAACCAGAGCCUCUGGCUCUUCAUGACAUGCAGAGCUUAGACCUUAGCCGGAUAAAUAUCUCUUCUAAAUAUGGUUUUGUAUCUAACAACAAUGACCUCUCUGAAAACAUUCAGAAGCCAAGUGAAUAUGACUCAAUGAGAAGAGUACCGAACUCACACAGUAUAUUAGAGCAAGGAAAUAAUAAGAAAGAUAUCUUAAAAAAAGAGAGAGUCAUGCUUUAUCUAUCGGUCCAGGAUACUGGUAUUGGAAUACCUGUCCAAGACCGAGCAGGGUUAUUCAAAAUGUUUGGAAAAGUUAGUUCUAAUCAUAAUCGCAAUAAACUAGGCACAGGGCUAGGCCUCUCUAUUUGCAAGAAAAUCUUAGAGAAGCUCAACGGAGACAUCUUCCUUGAAUCAGAAGAAGGCAAGGGAACAACAUUCUUCUCAGUAUUUGAAUGUGGUAUUUAA